AUGUACCGCCACUCCCUCCGCCUCGCGCGGCCAGCCGUCCGCUCGGCGCCUCGCGUCCUCCGCGCCGCCCCCUCGGCCCGCGGCUACAGCACCGGUAACAACGGCAACAACAACGAACAGCCCAAGGUCGAUCUGAAGCGCCUCGCGCUCGGCGGCGCCGCUGUCGGUCUCGUCGCGGCCCUCGCGGCCGGAUACGCCCGGAGCAAUCCCACGCGGCUCGACGGCACGCCCUGCGUCGAGGUGAUUGAGACAUUUGGCGCGCCCUGGGAACCCGUCCACGCCAUCGAGCAGGACGACCCGAAGGACCACAUUGUGAAGACUCUGGAGGCUGUGGAGGCCUCAGCGCCUCCAGACGGGGAGCACGAGGCGCAGACCUUCCUGCGUGACCACUGGAUCCGACCUUCGGGCGGCGAGGGCUCGUCGUGUGUGCUCCAGGGCGGGCGCGUGUUCGAGAAGGCGGGCGUGAACGUGUCCAUUGUCGAGGGCAAGCUCUCCAAGGCGAUGCAGACGCACAUGAGGCAGGAGCACGACAGCAUCCCGAUCAGCGACGAGCCGCUGCCCUACUUCGCCACUGGGAUCAGUAUCGUGAUCCACCCGCGCAAUCCCCACGCGCCCACCUGCCACCUGAACUACCGCUACUUUGAGACGGCCGACCCGAAGGAUCCCUCCAAGACGCUGGCGUGGUGGUUCGGCGGCGGGUCCGAUCUGACCCCGACAUACUUCUACCCCGAGGACGCGGAGCACUUCCACAAAACGCUCAAGGAGGCGUGCGACAAGCACGAUCCGGCCUACUACCCGGCGUACAAGAAGUGGUGCGACCGGUACUUCUACCUGCCGCACCGGAAGGAGACGCGCGGCGUGGGCGGCAUCUUCUACGACGACCUGACGUCCACCUCGCCGAUCCACGGGGGCAGGAAUCCAAGCCAGGAGGACAUCUUCGCCUUUGCCAAGAGUGCCUCGGCCUCCUUCCUCCCUGCCUAUGUGCCCAUUGUGCUCAGGAGGAUGAACACGCCCUACACCCCUGCCGAGCGGGAGUGGCAGCUCAUCCGCCGCGGACGCUAUGUCGAGUUCAACCUGCUCUACGACCGCGGCACCAAGUUUGGCCUCAAUGUGCCCGGCGCGCGCAUCGAGAGUAUCCUCAUGAGUCUCCCCGAGACGGCAAAGUGGCAGUACAUGUGCCCUACCGGUGAUGUCAAGGGCAGCCGCGAGGAGGAGCUCAUCAAGGUCCUCAAGGAGCCGAGGGAGUGGGUCAAGUGA